AUGAGGGUCGAGGAUCAUGGUCUGAAGCCGGUGCAAUCCACACGGUCGAUCGCGGAGACAUUUUCACCUCUCCGCGAGACACUGUUCGUCACGCUGGUGUGCAUGGCACAGUUCAUGACACAGACUAAUGUCGGCGUUUGUCUUCCAAGUCUCGAUAUUCUGGGAGAAAGCUUCGGGAUCAAUGAUCCUGGUAUUUUAAGUUGGAUCUUAGCAGGUUACUCGUUGACCGUCGGUACCUUCAUCAUCAUUUUCGGACGAUGUGGUGAUCUCUUCGGAUAUCGCCGAAUGUUCCUCAUUGGAUUCAUUUGGCUAGCAGUCUGGUCGCUAGUCGCUGGAGUCAGUGUUUAUUCAAAUUAUAUCCUUUUCAUCAUCGCGCGUGUGCUGCAGGGUAUCGGCAGUGCGAUGCUAUUGCCCAACGGCCUGGCUAUUUUGGGGGCGACUUAUCCACCCGGGAAGAAAAAGGCCAUGAUAUUCGCCCUAUUUGGCGCUGUUGCUCCUAACAGCGCUCUCCUUGGGGCCAUUUUUGGAGCUAUCUUCUCGCAGCUUGCCUGGUGGCCGUGGACAUUCUGGACUCAGGCCAUCGUGUCAAUCGUUUGCGCUAUUUUGGGAUUUAUUGUUGUGCCCUCAAUUCAUCACAAUGAUCAAGAGAAAAUCAACUCUUUUGCUCAUCUCCUCAAGGCACUUGACGCGACCGGGGCAGCUUGUGGAAUCGGUGGCUUAGUUCUGGUAAAUAUUGCCUGGAAUCAAGCACCCGUCGCCGGUUGGAGCACACCAUACGUCUAUGUGCUUUUAAUCCUCGGAAUCCUGUUACUUGCAUUCAGCCGCGACGUUUCAUUCGUUUUGGGCUGCGUCGCAUGUGGCUGGGGCGCCUUCGGCACAUGGAUUUGGUAUUUCUGGCGUUUCGAAAUGGAGUUUCGAAAAACAAGCCCACUUCUAGCGUCUGCUCAGUUUAUCCCAGUCUCUCCAAUGGGCAUCGCUGCUUGUUUCGUUACGGGUUUCUUAAUAGCCCGAUUGCGCCCAGGGUGGAUUAUGAUCAUGUCGAUGACCGCAUUCACGCUGGGAAAUAUCCUCACUGCAAUCGCCCCUGUGAACCAGACUUACUGGGCUUUGACUUUUGUCUGCCUGCUAGUUAUUCCCUGGGGCAUGGAUAUGUCUUUCCCUGCGGCGACAUUAAUGCUGUCCAACUCUGUGGAAAGGAAACACCAGGGAAUCGCUGCAUCAUUAGUAACAACCGUCGUCAACUACAGUAUUUCAUUGAGCCUUGGCUUUGCAGGCACUGUGGAAACACACGUCAACAAUGGGGGGAAAGACACCUGA